UGGCGAGAUCUCAGCCAUUCAUCUGAUCUAAUACCUGAUCAAUUUACUCUAUCCAAUCAUAAUGUUUCACUCGGAUACAUGACGUGGCGACAUCUCAGCCUUUCAAAUGCUUUGGCGGCUGCAUGUUUAAGGUAAUCUCAUCCGUUCAUCGCCCAACCCUUUCUUCCUUUAAUCUCAUCCGUUCAUCGCUCUGGGGCGAGAUUCUCUUCAACCCUUUCUUCCUUUCCUCGACUGAGAACAAAAUUCACAACAAAAUUGAUUCAGAUUAGGUCUUCUCUUCGCUGAUUCAGAAAAAAAUUCUCUCAUCCUACUUCUUCAAACCUCAAAUUCAUUGCCAUGUCCGACUCGAAUAUGAGAGAACCAAAGCAGAAGACGAAGAAUAAGAAUGUAAAAACCCUAGCUUUCUCACCUUCUCUUCCUGAGACAAACAUCAACAGAUAUCACCUUCUCGAUAGAGUUAUAUGCUUCUCCCUUUUUCCUCAUAUCUCGCUUUAUCGAUUCUUAAAUUGAUUAAUACUGUUAUUGUUUAGACAUGAAAAUGGUGAUUUUAAUUAGCCUGAGUAGUCAAAUGAACAACAUUCAUUUGAACUCCAGAUUAGUUUGAGCUUGAUUCUUAUUUGGAAUCCAGAUUAGUUUGAGCUUUAUUCUUAUUUGGAAUCCAGAUUUGUUGAUUUUUAAACAUCCGAAAUUGAAUGAAUCAGUAGAUUGUUAAGUCUUUUUGUUUGUUUGUCCUUUCCAAUUGAAGUGAGUAUUAGAAAGGUUGAGACUUUAGACCAAUCUGCUUCAGCUUUGUUUGAGAUGUGUGGUUUUUUUAUUAAAAGUGUUGGUUUUUCGUGAUGUUGCAGACACCAGAGACUGGGAUUAAGACAAAGGAGUCUUAUGAGGUGAAUUCGAGAGGAGUUGAGAUCUUCUCCAAAAGCUGGCUUCCUGAAGCUUCUAGGCCUAGAGCUUUGGUUUGUUUCUGCCAUGGUUAUGGAGAUACUUGCACGUUUUUCUUCGAAGGAAUUGCAAGAAGAUUGGCAUUGUCGGGAUAUGGAGUUUUUGCUAUGGAUCCGGAAACAAAAAGUCUCAAAGUCGUUUCACCAUUUUGUGAAUUUACGAUGUUUCGGUUUACAAUGGAAGUGGAGGAAAACUAUAAUGGAAGUGGAAAGGUGUAGAGGCUAAAGAGACA